AUGUCGACCCCUGCUAUUCAAGGUCUCUCAUCUGUGGGCUCGUCUGUCGGUGCAUACUCUAGACAGCAGCUGGCCACUUUGAGAAACAGAUUCUUGACUACAGAGAAGCGCAGGAGAAGGGCACAGCUCAUCUCAACCUCGUUUAGCGUCCACAAGCCGGUCUGGAUUGCUGCAGGGGGCGCCGCUUACACGACGAUGGGCGCGGUCUAUCUGACGCUACGCUACAUGCGUCGCUUGAAAUAA